CCACUCAGCCCACUUCCACAGCAGCCACGGCGCGUCACACCGCCUGCUGACCGACACCAGCUCACACACAAUGCGGACCUGCCCGGAGCUCAGGAUUUUACUAAAGCUGACAGGGACAGCUAACCUGGAGGAUAACGACACCCACUGACAUUUUACUGCUUUUUAUUCACUUUUUGGAUUUUUUUUAUUAUUUUUUGGUUUUGUGUGCGUGGAGUGGAGUGGAGUGGAGGAGCGCCGCGGUAAAGGAUUUGAAGUCGGGGCGCCGUGCCAUGAGCGUUGACCUCUGAGUGGGAGCCCUUUGUGUUUGUUUCCUUUUGUGAGCUGGAACCAGAGGCCAUGAUGAGGAGCAGCUCUCACAUCCUGCCUCUUGGUGUUCUCACUGCUCUGCUGCUGUCUCAGGUCUGCUCAGGCAUUAAAUGGCUAGCGCUGUCCCACACGCCGGCGUCCUUACCCGUCAACCAGACGCAGCACUGCAAGCUCCUCCCGGGCCUGGUGUCCUCCCAGGCACAGCUUUGCCGCAACAACCUGGAGCUCAUGCAGACCAUCAUCCAAGCCGCCCGCGAGGUCAAGAAAACGUGCCAGAAGACCUUCGCCGACAUGCGAUGGAACUGCUCGUCCAUCGACAUCCCCAGCAACGCCACAAAGUACCGGCCGGACCUGGAGAGAGGAACACGGGAGGCGGCGUUCGUGUACGCUCUGUCGGCGGCGACCAUCAGCCACACCAUCGCCCAAGCCUGCACCUCGGGGGAUCUACGACUGUGCUCAUGCGGCCCCAUCCCUGCAGAAAUCCCAGAGCCCGGCUACCGCUGGGGCGGCUGUGCUGACAACCUCAACUACGGCUUAUUCAUGGGCUCCAAGUUCUCAGACGCUCCCAUGAAGGUGAAGCGCUCUGGAUCCAGCGCCAACAAACUGAUGCAGCUGCACAACAGCGAAGUCGGGAGACAGGUGCUGAAAGGGGCGCUGGUGAUGAAGUGUAAAUGCCACGGGGUUUCCGGAUCCUGCUCCAUACGGACCUGCUGGAAGGGCCUCCAAGACCUCAGGGAGAUCGCCAUGGACCUGAAGUCCAAGUACCUUUCUGCUACCAAGGUGGUCAACCGGGUCAUGGGAACACGCAAGAUUCUGGUUCCCAAAGACAUUGACAUCAGGCCGCUGAGGGAGAAUGAGAUGAUCUAUUUGCACAGCUCCCCAGACUUCUGCACCAAGAAUGAAAGGCUGGGAUCAGUUGGCACACAGGACAGGCAGUGCAACAAAACAUCUGUCGGCAGCGACAGCUGCGACCUGAUGUGCUGCGGCCGUGGCUACAACCCCUACACAGAGAAGCUGGUCGAACGCUGCCACUGCAAGUACCACUGGUGCUGCUAUGUAACCUGCAAAAAGUGUGAGCGGAUCGUAGAGCGAUACGUCUGCAAAUGAUUCACCGGCAGCCGCUGGGCUUCGUACCAAGCCCCUCAGAGGCUACAGAUUAACCAAAGCACUACAGUACCGAGAAGGUUUUCUUCUGUCGUCAGCAUUAGCACGCAUAUCUCAACAAUUGGCAUGUUCUUGUGCAGUAUCCCUAUCAUAAUACGUCUCCAAACAUCCAGCUGGGCUUCGAGGUUUCUUCCUGCACAAGCAUUGGUUGGAAAUUGUGGCAACGGGACAAACCAGUUCAUGUGACGACCACCAUCUUUCUGGGUAUUACCUUCUUCUAUGUUAAUGAAUAUAAGCCCCUACUCCCAACAGGGAUACAACAACCAGUUUAAACAUAUCUCUUCUAAAAAAGAAACAAUAUAGAUUUUUAUGCUGGAGGGUUAAUGUUUGGCAUCCUUCUCUGGAUAUUGAAGGGGCUCUCAUGGAUCCUCAUCGUUUUCGGUACGAUUGAAACUUUUUUUCCUCUGGAGCAGUGGAGCACAGAGGUUGGGGAAAACGCAAAGGGAAAUCCUCAUGUGCUUUUGAAUCACAGAGCAUUUCUGUGGCUGAUGCCUGGGACUCAUCACGUGCCCUUCUUGGACCACGACAAGCCUGAUUCCCUAUGGAAUGAGAGGAGAAAUCAAGAACUUUGUAAAACGAUGUAUUAUCUCAGUUUUGUCUGACAAGCAGGCAGAUCAAAAAUAUAUUCUAUUUUUCAGAGCAUAUGAGCUUAACUCAUGGAUUUUGUAAACCACUUUUGUGUGGGUGUAUAUACUGUAUUUUGUAUACUGAAAUAAAGAAAUAAGUAUUUAUAAAAUAUUCCAAA